AUGGAGCUGAAGAGAGGAAAGACUUUCAUCAAAUCCAGCCUGCAGAUUUCCCACGAGAAACCACCAGACCCAGCAGCCACUGCUCCAGCCAGGGAGGAUGCAGACCCCUGGUCAGCUUCUCUGGGAGGGCAGCAGAGGCCCCAUGAUGAGAAGAUGGCCCCCCAGGCCAGUCCCAGGACCCAAGGAUAUGACAGAUCCCCCAACAAGGGGGCAGAGCUGCUGGACCCCGAGGUGGGACCCACAGUCAUUUGUGGAUCCACCUUCAAACUGGUGCAGAAGAGCAAGACCCACGACAGUUUACCCGGGCCCAGCAGGGUGGCUGCUGCCACAGGGCAGAUGGUAGGCAGUGCGAGCUUCCCGGGGUCCCCCGGUGGCCAGCGCAUGAUAGACUACCGCCACUUUGUGCCCCAGAUGCCUUUUGUGCCAGCUGUGGCCAAGAGCAUCCCAAGAAAAAGGAUUUCCCUGAAACGGCCCAAGAAGUGCUUUCGGAACCUGUUCCACAUUCGCAGAAACAAGACUGAGAAUGUGGCCUCUCUAGCAGCCAAGGGGACGAGUCUGUCCUCCCCUGUGGGCCUGUCAGAGGCUGAAGGGCGCCAAGGCAAAGCCUUUCUUCCCCUGGGCGAGUGGCCGGGGCUGGAUGGCCUGGACCAGGACCUGUCCGACAGCGAGCUCCUGCCUGAUUCAUCCUUUGACCUCUGCAGAGCCCUGUGUGAAGAUGUGGCCUCGCUCAAGAGCUUCGACUCACUCACGGGCUGCGGGGAGAUCUUUGCAGAUGAGAGCUCAGUGCCAUCCCUGGAGCUGAAUGAGGGCCCGGAGAGCCCAGCCCAGGAAUCUCAGGCCCUGGAGGGCAAGGUUCCCAGGGGCCCCCUGCAGGGCAGUGUGGAGCAGCUGGCAUCACCUGCCCAGAAUGAAGCAUUGGACUUCAGCAAGUUCUGGGACAGCGUGAACCGCUCAGUGAGGCAGCAGCAGCGUGCCCUGCUGGGCCCAUGGCUGGUGGGCCCCCAGGGGACAGACACUGACCAGCCCAGGAUGGAUGCUGCUGGGCUUGCUGAGUUGCCCCUGUGCCCCUGCAGGGACCCCCACAGCAGCUCCAAAGCCAGCUCCAUAGACACAGGCACCCCCAAGAGUGAGCAGCCGGAGUCAGUGUCCACGAGUGACGAGGGUUACUACGACUCCUUCUCACCCGGCCUUGAGGAGGACAAAAAGGAGACCCUGAGCCCAGGAACACCUGCAGCCACCUUCCCCCGGGACAGCUACAGUGGGGACGCCCUCUAUGAGCUCUUCUAUGACCCCAGUGAGGGCCCUGUUGGCCCAAGCUUGGAUGAUGACCUGUGUGUGUCUGACAGUCUGUCAGGGCCAGCCCUGGGGACACCACUGUCUAUGUGCAGCUUCCACGUGGGGGCUGAGGAGAACCUGGCGCCAGCACCAGGCCCUGACCUGCUCAGCCAGGGCUUCCUGCAGAGCUCCUGGAAAGGCAAGGAGUGCCUGCUGAAGCUCUGUGACACUGAGCUCGCCAUCACCAUGGGCAUUGUCAACUGGCUCCGCCGUGGCCCAGAGCCCCGUGCUCCACCAGCCCCCACCCCUACCCCUGCUCCUGUCCCAGGGGAGCCUGCAGCCCCACCCAGCCCCCAGAGAGACCCCAGGGAGCCAGCAGAGAAGCUGGAGGACAAGGGGGCCUGGGCAGCAGAUGCAGGCAGGGCCACAGUGUGCUCAGCACCCAGCAGGCAGGAGCUGUGGACACACUCGGGUGCCAAAGGCCUGUUUGCUGGAGAAAAUGAGGUACCAGGGGGUGCCACAUGGGGGACCAGCAUGCGAUCCUGGGACCCCUCUCUGGAGGAAGGGACACGAGGCCACCCUGAAGGCUUGUUCUCUGUGGGGUCUACAGCCUCCAAGACAACAGACAAUUCCAGUAAAAACAAGGCCCCAAACCCUUCUGCCUGGCCCAGCUCCCAGAAGGAGGCCAGGCCUUCUGAAAACCUGGGGUGUUUUCAAGGCCCCUGGAAGCCAGGUCCCAGGGGAAGCACUCUGGAUGCAGAGCCCGUGCUGAUGGGCUGUGUGGCCCAUGUGGCAGCCCUGCAGAUCCUCCCAGAUGGCCAGCCCCUGGCCACAUGGUCUCCAAGGCAGGGCACAGGCAGUGGACUCUUUGGGCAGAGGUGGACAAGGGGCCCUGACAUUCUGCAGCAGAAACAGCCCAACAGCUCCCCCAGAAUGACCACCAUUCAUGUCCAGCCCUCCCCAGCCAGCCCACAGGAUCAGAGGUAUCAAGACCAAAUCCUGGACCUCAGCUGGCUCAGGGUGGACCCCACCAGGCCAAGUGCCCAGGCCUGUGCUUCCAUGGAGAAUCAGCCCCUGAAGUUCAGCACAGGGGCUGUGGAGCAGGCAACACACAUGGGUCAGCUGGACUCUGAGGCCCCCUUGGCUCCUGCUGCCCAUGAGAGCCCCGGGGACCACUUUCCAGAAAUCCUAGGCCUCACUUCAGAUAGCCAGCGGGAAAGGUGCCCCUCUGCAAGUGCUCCAGAAUGCCGCUGCAGCCUCCUGGCCCAUGAGGGCAUCCUCUGCAGCCAGCUGGAAGUGGGGGCCCCUAGGCCAGCCGUGGCCGAGCCUCACCUGUAGGAUGGGCUCACACUCACCAGGAGCUGCAUCUUGUGCCCACAUUCGGGAGAACCUAGGACCCAAAUUUCCAUUUUGUCCCUAAUGUGAGGACUGUGUUGGGGGAGGGGGCAGGACUCAGGCAAGCAGUGGUGUGGGUAUUUUCACAUGGAGGCAUCCCUGCCUGAACCCAGCAGCUCAGGCAGCCCAGGGCCAAGGACAGCUCAAAGCUGCAAACACCUCGCUGCUCCUCCUACAGCACGUCGGAGAGAGGAGCCCAGGCUUGAAACUGAUGGAAUGAAAAUGGGAAGUAGAGACAGCCGGCACGCUUUCACGGGGUAUGCAGUGGCAUGAGGCCCAAGAUUCAGGGCUGGUGACAGGUGGGGCAGAGCUGAAGAGGGCCCACCAGCCCCACCCCACCCUGCCGUCGGCCCCAUGACAGGCGGCCACAGCAUAGUGGAGGGCUUCGGGCUUCUUCUGGGGAACGCGAAGUGGAACCAGCUCCAUCUUGGCAAAGAGGCCUCAACCAACCCAUGUCAUGGCGUUACUAUGCGACCCUGCCAGGGCUGGCUGGACCCCGUCAGCCCUUGUGGAUGGUUGCUGCUGGAUUCCCUGCCACAAAUUAUCCAAACAAACCAUAAUUUUCCCCAACUCGCACUCUCUAACAGAAGCCAUGGAAGGCAAAAUGCUCUCUGGGAAGAAGCCAACUGACUCUUCCCAGUGCUGCUGUCUCCCUGCAGAUAGCAAAGGCCUUUGACUUGGUCCCUCCAUUCUAUCAGCAUCCCUGUUCCCCCACCCCUUCAGGAAAACUCACCUUUGAAUGGGGCUGUGCCCCUACCAGAAGCCACAACACAUACACAGUGCCCAAACAUUCAGAACCAUGACAGAAAAGGCAGCUGGUGUCCUCAGGAAAGCAGGUGUCUGUCUGGCCCAGUGUCAGGCCAGCAGGUGCAGGGACAGACGGCCCCUCCACAUUCUCUAGGAUUAGAUUCUACCUCAGCCAAAACGCUGCUGUGAGAUGCAAAGGAUGGGACGCUACAGGCAGCUAUGAAAUUGUUUCUAGAGGACAGGCCAGCAUAGGAAAGGGGAUAGGUCAGGUUGUGGGCAAACCACUGGAGAAGUCCCUUUUCAGGCAGAGCUUCCAUCGGGGAGGCAUGUGAGGUGUGCUGGCUCUGCUGGUGAGAAGAAGGUGGGGAAGGAACUCCAGAGGGGGCUGCAGUCUGACAAGGUGGUGCGGGCUUGUUGCCUCUCCUGAUUGUCUUACGCUUGGCUUCAGGCUAGAAAAUGCUCCAUGGCCCCAAUUCACAUUGGCUCACUGAGGACACGGGCUGCACGUCGCAGGGUCAGAAAGAUGCAGCAAGACUCCUGCUUGGCCCAUCCAGACCUGGGACCUUCUGUGAGGUCACAUCUGCCCCCACCCCCACGUGCCAGGACCUACACUUAGGAUCACGACAGCGUUUCUGAGCCUUGCUGUGAGCAGGUUACACAGAGAUCAGCUCACUGGAUCCCUACACCAACCCCAAUGCAGUUGUUAUCCUCAUUUUUCAGACCUAGAAACUGAGGCACAGAAUGCAGAUGUGACUUGCCCAUGGACACACACAAGUAGUGUUCAGGGGACAUGGAUCCUGCCCCUGGCUCCAAAGGCCCUGCUCUUUAGCAGGCUUCAGAACUUCUUGCUGAGUUCCCACAGCCAUCACCCCUCUCAGCCCUCACUGCUUCCUUCUACAGGCCCCAGAUGUCUGAGCACCCUCUGGAGCAAGCUACAUGGCUCCCCACAGCAGGCUGCGAGCCUGGGGUAGGUGCCCUCAGUCAGUCACAGCCUAUGGCUUUGUACUGCGCCUGACAGAGUAAGUGCUCAGUAAACACUGAAGGAGUGAAAAAUUGAAA